GUAUUUCAAAAUACCUGCUGUUCAGUUGUGGAUUUUGGAGCAUCAGGAAAAAUUGGGAAUGUGCUUAAUUGCUGCAGAGAGGCCUUGGAGAUGACUCCCUGACACCACUAGGAUGCCUGGCUGUUUUAAAAAGACUUUAUUUGCCUUGGCUUCUGCAAUAAGUUUUGCAUCUUUUAUCUUGAUUGUUGUUGCAAUGGGGACCCCGAAGUGGAUGACCGGGAAGAUCCUGUGCAAAACAGGAGCUGAAUUAGUCAAUGCCACAGAUCCAGAGCUGGUCAAGUUCAUUGGAGAAAUUUAUUAUGGACUCUUUCGAGGCGGCAAAAUACGCCAGUGUGGGCUGGGUGGGCGUCGCUCCAAAUUCUCAGUUUUCCCACAUAUGGUGAAGAAACUGAAUACAGGCCUACAUGUGAUGAUAAUAAUGUUCCUUUGUGUGGCCAUUUCCUUUUCUCUGGUCAGUUUUGGAUUCUGCAUUCUGAACGCAAUAAAAGUUCCUUACCGUGCUAUUAAGGGUCCGGCAGGAAUAUGCCUUUGGAAUUUCCUUGCAGGUGGAUUCAUAGCUCUUGCAGUCACUGGCUUUAUGGCUGCUGUAAAACUUCACCGUCUCACAGAAAGAAUUGCCAAUUUUCGGGAAAAUGUCUUUCAAUUUGUUAUCUUAGAAGAACAGUUUGAAGAUUGUUUUUGGAUUUGUGUGGCAAGCGCCACAGCACAUGCAGUGAAUUUGCUGCUAAUACCCAUUAGUUGUAUUAAUUUCCCUAAAAUUAAGACUAAAACUGAAGAGGCAAAUGUUACAGCUGAAGAUAUCAUGUACUAAUAAAUCUACAUAAGAUUUCUUUGGUCAGAGAACUGUCAUGUCAGAAAUGGCUUCUUGGCUUUUCUGCUUCUGGCUUGGAUGGAGAGCUUUGGCUUAGACAUGAGUAAAGAUGCCAAGUGUGCAAUUCUGCAGUAUUUUUUAAGGUCAGUCUACAGCACCAGCAAUUAGCACACAUGGGAAAGUAGGAUUAACAAAUGCUACAAACAUUUUCAAAAAUGAGCUGUUUGUGCAAUAUAUGCCGCUGACAGUUUUGAUAAAACUUACAUUUUAAAUACUUUAGAAAAAUAAGGUGAAGAAUAAUUUCACCUAAACCAAAUGUAUUUUUUGUUUAGAAAGAAAAUACGUUCAGCAUAAACCUUUGAAAACAUGGAGUAUUACAGAACAAAAAGACUGGAUGUUUGCUAAUUACCUUCUGAGAAUUAUCUGGACAUGUUUAAGAGAGCCAUCAAGGACAUAUUUGAUGAUGGUAAACUGAUUUGAAGAAGGAGACCUCACUAUCUGUGGGGCUAAACUUAGGGGGAAGCACAGGCUGAGAGUGUGUGACAGUGUUUAAAAACAGAAAUUAUCAAACUCCACAAAGUAAAGAAGUGAGAAGAGUAAAGUUUAUGGGAUGCUGGUAGGCUAUGAAUAAAUGACCAGCUGCAUUAUGAAGGUUUCAUUGCAAGUUCUGGAAGUAAAGUAAAUAGAAUCUUUUUUUUUAAGUAACAGUGCUUUUAGAUAAUCUGAAAAGUGUAAUGUUAGUGAUCUUCAACCUGCUUCUGUCUGAAAUCAAGCAAAAUAAAUAUAUGAUGAAAGAGGA